GAGCCCAGCCACAUGUGAGUCACUUCCAACAACCGUAUUAUCUUUGUUUAGGUCCUUGCGGAAACAAUGCAUCCAACGCGUAUAAAAGGCAUUCAGUAUCUCAGUUCAAGUUCGUGUCCUAAUUCAUUAUUCAACUUCUCUCCGCCUUAUCGAGGAUGAGCAACAACCUCAAGAAAAGCGAACUACAACUGAUCUAUCCAUACCGUGGCAAAAUUGAGACUGUCCCAUUCCAAGCUACUGAACAAACUCAGUUUAAGGAGUUGUUACUUCAGCUUCCACCUUUGAUCAAAAAGGAGUGGAACGAACGAACGACUUCGGACCCAGAACCAGGUUUUUCAGGCCUCCGUCUCUUCAUUUCUCCAGAGAAAAAUCUAGAAGAAGUUUCCGAACUUCUAGCUAGUAGGGCUCCGACUUCUUUGGGCGUGGCGCUGAGUCUCCACUCCUUGCUUUUACGUGGUCUUAGAAACAACACGAGGGUUCUCAAGUGUCUCUCCACACAUGCACCAUACUUGCAAGUGCAAGCACCAGAUACUAUUACCAUUGCGUUCCGUACCCUCGCGUCGAUCACCACGAAGGAGAUUCAAAAUUUGUAUCCAAAGCCGUAUUCCGCUCUCCAGGUCUUCCGCACAGAAGGCAAUUUUACCAAGGUCGAUAUCAAGGAAAAUCUCCGUUCACGCGGCUGUCCCUCUGAACGCGAGGCGUCGCCAUCAUCCCUCGUUCGAGAUAAGCUUUGGAACAAAGCUAGCAUCGUUCCGUUUAGGAUCCAUCUCGCAUUGUCAAGAGGUGUUACUUCAGGGCCACGGUAUAUGAUAAUGGAUCAAUUCCACUUGAAUCAACUCCGACGCGCCAAAAGUUGGUUCAAAAUAGACGCGGUAUCCGAAGAACCAGAUGACCUGGAUUUUUUCAGAAUCAAGACCCUCACGUGCAAGUUGUUGAGGGUAUAUGAGCGUGCGGAUGCGUACGCCUCUGACAGCACAAUAUCGUCGUCUGCCAAAGGCAGCUUGCUGCUUCCUAUUCUAAAUGAUAUCUUUUCGGACAGAGCACGGUUCCAGGACGAUCAGGUGACCAGAGAGAACGAAGUUGAAGUUGAAAGCGACGACGAAAGUGAAGAUGACAGCGAUGAUGAACUUGAUAAAUAUGACAGGUGUGUAGAGCAGGGGAAAGCCGCCGGCCCUGGAAGAAAGCGUAACAAUGAAGGAGGAGACCCUCAUUUAGAGGACUACUUUGUCUUCCGCGUGAAGGAGGAUCAGGCUGGCUUCACCUUCACACUCAAGUCUCCCUCAAAGACUGAGAAGCUCGUUCAUAUUACAUUUCGCCCUGAUUCCAUGAUUGUCUUUCAUGGUGUCCCGGUGAUAUUUUGUGAGAUCGACUCCAACAACUCUUCCGCAGAUCAUUUUCGGAUGAUAGGACAGGCAUGCGGCAUCAAUCGCCUCCUGAAUAUGUACGGAAUAACAGCCGGUGGUACCGAUGAGGUUAUCACCAUUGCCAUUUAUUUAGACAAAUCGAUGGUGGUUACCGUCCGUAUCCUUUCAUCAAAGUAUGAUCCUACCCAUACUGCGAAAGCUGAGAACAUCCCAAUCCACCAAGAGAAAAUCAAGUUUUAUCUCUGCAGCCGGGAGAAGACUGUCUCCGAUGCCGAAGGUAACGAGCGAACAAAGAAGAUACCCUCCCAGGCCGUUAAACUUGUGAAAUUUCUUCACGACACUCGGAGAUUCUUGGACGAAAUGUAUCCUAAGGAGAAGCGUGCUCAGUUCUCCGAGGUCAUUCAGGCGGCCAAUGAUUUUUCAGUGAUGGUACGGGGUUGUGUUGACUCCACAUCUGCUUCUAAGGCUGCCGAGUCAAGCCGCGCCUCAAAAGCACAGUCCAAGACGGAGGCUCUGAACAAACCAACUGGCAACGUCACCGUUCGUUCCGGUUCUGCGUCAGGCUCGAGGGCUAGACUCCGAUCCGGCAGCCGGAUGCAUGGAUCAGUACCGGAGGACAGGGCAAUUUGAACAAUCAGCUAGGUUUGAUGAUCAGGAUAAGUAGAUUCCAAAGGGC